AUGCUUUCUCUUGUCAAUGUUGUCAAAAAAGAAAAUGAUGGAAAAAUCUGUCUUUCUUUCUCUCGUGCUUUUCUUUCGCACUGCAAUUUUUUUUCUAAUAUGAAUUUAAAUUCCAUUGAAAAAAUAAACAUCUACCUGCGUCAUUUCUGUUCCAUUUUCCUGACCCUCUCUACCCACUUCUUUUAUUUCCAUCUUUCUCGAACGAGUUCUUUUAUGAAAUCUUUCUUCUUUUCUUUUUCUUUCUUUCCUUCUUUAUUUCUUUUGUUAGUUUCUUUGUUUGCGUCCCUUUACUUUUUAUUGGCCUAUUCUUUCUUUUUUUCUUUUUUUCUUUCUUUUUCCCCUUGUAUUGGUUUGUUCUUUUCUUUCUUUCUUUCUUUCUUUCUUUCUUUCUUUCUUUCUUUCUUUCUCCCCUUGUAUUGGUUUGUUCUUUUCUUUAGCUUUCUUUCUUUCUUUCUUUCUUUCUUUCUUUCUUUCUUUCUUUCUUUCUCCCCUUGUAUUGGUUUGUUCUUUUCUUUAGCUUUCUUUCUUUCCUUUUUCUUUCUUUCUUUCUUUCUUUCUUUCUUUCUUUGUUGCUUUCUUCAAUUUUGUCGGCUCUUUCUUUCUUUCUUUCUUUCUUUCUUUCUUUCUUUCAGAUUUUAUUGUAAUUGUUCAUGA